AUGGGUUUCGCUUGCAGGGGGCCGUUCUUUCUUGUGGGGCUCGUGCUGGCCUUUACUUGCGAUCAGGCAUUUGCCGGUCGCGGCACGCCCCCCCACGCCGGGGAGGCUCAGCUGCCCUUUGAGGGCUUAGAGUCGGCCAGCCUUAAUUCCACCAGCCGCAAGCUUCUGCAAUCGGUUCAGUGUCCCAGUGAUACCCAGGACGUCACCUGUGACGUCAUCCCCGCUCCAGCUGUGCCUCCCCCCGUCCGAACCUUUGGCCGUACCUUUGCCGACACCCCCUCUGCCUUCUGGCGUAGUGACUCCCUCUUCAACUCCGACGUCAGCCCCGUUACCCAUAACUGGGCCCGCCCGAACCGCGUGGUCAACCUGGUCAACAGCUGCUUCUCGCCGGUUGGAAUCACGUUAGCGAGCAACACAACAAACGGCGAUUUCUGGCGCAUCUUCCAGCCCAACGGAGCCGCGCUCGCGGCCGCGCCCGCGACGUUCAACCUACCGCCCGGCGGCGCGCAAAACAAUCUGCUGCUGAUCAACACUUCGCCGUUUCCUUCGAGAAAUCCGCGCACGGGGGGUAUUCUCGUUACCCCCCUUCCGCCCACGCUCGUUCCGCCCAGUCCGCCCGGCGUGGACGGACUCUUCAUCAGCAGCACCACCGACCCGUUCGCGGCAAGCACCGUCACCCUCCCGGGCGCACCCGGGGUAUUCACAUUCGCCUCGCUGCAGAGCGCCAACCCCAGUGUAACUGCGGCCCCGGUCGUCAUUGCUGUGACGAUCUUUUGUCCCCGCUUGUUGCCCGUGAACACUCCCCCAGUCACUACUCCACCGGCUGGGGGGGUGGUAACUUUGCCUGCGAAGACCCCCCCGGUCACUACGCCGCCGGUUGGGGGGGUGGUGACUCCACCGGUGAGCACCCCCCCGAUUGUCAUUCCCCCGGCCACAACCACGACUCCUCCAAUCAUCACCCCCCCGGCUAUAACGACCCCGGUCACGGCCCCCCCCGUCACAACUACCCUGGCCAUCACUCCCCCGGCCACCCUUACUCCCCCCCCGAUCGGACCGGUUUUCCCGACCCCUAGCCUGCCUAUACCGUUGACAGGAGGCGGUGCAGCUGGUUUACCGCUUUUCUAUCCGGGGGUCCCCGAGGCCCCGCCUCUUGCGCAGGGCCCGAAGCUAGUGCCGUUGCCAUCCACACCGCCCCCGAAGAGCCCUUCCCCGUCCCCCGACCGCCCCGGUCACGACCGCAACUGUGAUUACUACCCCUGCCGCGGCCACAACCGCCCCGGCCACCGCUGCGCCAAAGACUACUGCCCCGGCCACAACCGCCCAGGCAACUAUUGCGCCGGUUACGACUGCCCUGGCGACCAGUGCCCCGGCUACAACCGCCCCGGCCACAACUGCCCCGGUCACUGCUGCGCCGAUCACUACUGCCCCGGCCAUAACCGCCCCGGUCACUACUGCCCCGGUUACAACUGCCCCGGCUACAGCUGCGCCGAAGACUACCGCCCCGGCCACAACUGCCCCGGCCACGAGUGUCUCAGCCCCGGUCAUAACCGCCCCAGCAACCACUGA